CCCUGGAAUAUGGUGGCGGGGUCCCGGCCGUCUUUCCGUCUCCGCCCGAGUGGGCAAUAGCGGGGGGAAGAGUCUUUGGCCCUCACUUGACCUGCCCCCACCCCACCAGCUCUGCGACUUCGACUUUUACCACCGCGGUUCCUGCUGUUCCCGAGUCAGGGAUUAGGAGUUGGAGCUCGGAGCUCCGCCGAGGGCUGUUAAUCCCUGUGGCUGCGAGGAAGCCGCGAGGCAGCUGCGAGGCAUCUAGCUUUUCUUUACACUUCACCUCCCUCCCAAAGCAGUGAUAGCAACGCGGCGGGGGAAAAGCCACAGUGCAUCUGCAGAUUGGAAUCUAGUCCCAUCUCCUCCACCUUCUCUUUUCUGGAAGGAAAGAACAAGCGCGAAUUCUUCCUGAGUCCGAACACCAUUUCUUUCUGCUGCCAGACCGGGUUUAGGUUUGGAAGAUGACUCGAACACUUGUGCUUUUCUCAUGGAUAGUUGAUUAGAGUUUGGAGGAGUAUGACGGGAGUGGCAGUUCCAUUGUUGGAUGUUUCAGGCCACUGCUUGAGAGCCAAGAAAUUACCUCUCUUCAAGGCUACAGUACGAUGCAUGUUAUGAAUUGUGUCUCCUUGGCCAGUGAAAAAGAAAAUGGAGAUCUCUCUGCUGCAGCUGGAUUAAUGAUUGGGCAAACACCACCCCCACCACCGCCUCCACCACCCCCACCACCGCCCCCUCCGCCAUUGCCAUGUCCAGAGAGUGGGUGUCUUCCUGUUCCUCCCCCACCGCCCCUGCCAGGGGUUCCUCCUGUACCACCUCCCCCUCCAGGACUACCUCCUUCUUCUUAUGUGAAUGGACAUGGCCCCCUUAGUAAGAAAAAGAAAAUGAGGAGUUUUUUUUGGAAAACAAUUCCAGAAGAGCAAGUUCGAGGCAAGACUAACAUCUGGACAAUUGCUGCGAGACAGCCACAGAAGUACCAAAUUGAUACAAAGACCAUCGAAGAGCUCUUUGGGCAGCAGGAAGAGACCAAAUCACCGAUUUCGAGGAGAGCUUCAAAUGCUUCCUUCAAAGACACUAAAGAAGAGAUUUCAGUCUUGGAUGCAAAACGGUGCAUGAACAUUGGAAUAUUUCUCAAGCAGUUCAAAAAGUCUCCCCAGUCCAUAGUAGAAGAUAUCCACCAAGGAAAUGGCGAACAUUACGGAUCAGAAACUUUGCGAGAAUUUCUUAAGCUUUUGCCGGAGUCAGAAGAGGUAAAGAAAUUAAAAACAUUUAGUGGAGAUGCAGCCAAGCUGUCUCUGGCAGAUUCCUUUAUAUACUUCCUAAUUCAGGUGCCAAACUAUUCACUUCGGAUUGAAGCCAUGGUGCUAAAGAAGGAAUUUUUACCUUCAUGUUCUUCUCUGUGGGAUGACAUGUCUAUUUUAAGAGUAGCUACAAAGGAGCUGAUGUCCUGUGAGGAGUUACAUUCUAUACUGCACUUAGUCCUCCAGGCUGGAAAUAUUAUGAAUGCGGGAGGUUAUGCUGGCAAUGCAGUGGGUUUCAAAUUGUCAUCAUUGCUCAAAUUAGCAGACACAAAAGCGAACAAACCAGGGAUGAAUCUGCUCCACUUUGUGGCUCUGGAAGCCCAAAAGAAAGAUGUUAUUCUUCUGAACUUUUCUGAAAAAUUACGUCAUGUUCAGGAGGCUGCCAGAUUAUCUUUUGAUAACACCGAGUCAGAGCUUCACUCGCUGUCUGCACGGACAAGAUCUCUAAAGGAAAAUAUUCAGCGGGAUCCUGAGCUUUGUCAACAGAUGAAAGCCUUUAUUAAGUUUGCUCUACAAAAGUUGGAGGAAUUAGAGAUUUGGAGAGAAGAACUCCAGAAGGAGGCCCAUGCCCUCAUAGAUUUUUUCUGUGAAGACAAGGAAACUAUGAAGUUGGAUGAAUGCCUUCAGAUCUUUAGAGACUUUUGUACCAGAUUUGAUAAAGCUGUUAAGGACAACAGGGACCGAGAAAUGCAAGAGCUCCGCCAGCUACAGAAAUUGAAGGGACUGGAAGAGAAGAGGCGUUCCUGGGCAGCUGGUGAGCUCGGGGGCUUUGGGAGGAGCAGCAGUGAGAAUGAUGUGGAGCUGUUGACAAAGAAGAGUCUGGAAGAUGUUCUCCCCUUCCUUCAUCAAAGGCCCAUUAGCCCUUCCCACCGACCCCCCAACUCCCGCCGCUCCCGUCUUUCCCUGGGCCCCUCGGCAGAUCGAGAGCUGCUCACUUUCCUGGAGACCUCCACAGGGGAGGACCCGAACAAAUUCAACAGCCUUCCUAGGACCGGCACAAAGCAGUCGAGGCCUUCAGUAGCUUGGAUGGAACCCACAGGGCCAAAGGACAUUAACUCAAACCACUUGGGCUUCCACCAGGGGCCAGAGACUGAGAAGGACAGCAGUAACCCACCCCUGAUUCAGCCCGGCCAGCUUCCCAGUCCGCGUCUAGAGAAUUCUAAUGCCAUCCUUUACCGUACUCAGAACCAUGCCAAUGAUAACAACUUAGAAAGAAACAGUGCGCCUCCGUUGUCCACCUUGACCAUGGGGAUUGAAGAGCGAGAACUGGUUCAUGGCUUGAUCCAAUUUGACCUCCAGGAGCCAAUGAAGCAAGAGGACCCACCAAGGUUUAUCUUGGAGGACUCUAGCCCACUGGAGUCAGAAUCACUGGAUGAUGCGAGCUUGCCAUCCCUUACUGCUGCUGAUGACAUCCCGCUGCCCGUUGGCCAAGACUCUAAAGAAGUGACAGAAAGGGAAAAUGGCGACUCCGCCCCAAAGGACAUGGCAGCUAAUGUUAUAGCGUCUAGCAGUACAGUCUCUGCAUCCACAGACACUAGUGAGUCUGAAAAUAAAGAGGCCGGGAUUAUGCUCUGCAUCUCAGACACCACUGACUGUUCCUUGACUUUGGAUUGCUCAGAAGGAAAUGACCCCAAAAUGGGAAGCAGCAAAUCAGAAGAGGGGAAGACAGUGAAUGGCUCCAGGUCUUCUGGUACUGGUGACAUGGAGGGGGAGACCAGGAGGAGCAGAGUUCCCUCCGUGCCAAAUUCCAGUCCCACCAGGGAAGACUCUGCUCUCGCUGUUGGGAAGAGUGAGCCUGGCUACAAAGGUGGCCUGUCCAAGGACAAAGUAGUCAAAGGGAAAGAGGCAGCUGGACCAAAGAGGAACUCCCUGAAAGACACACCUGCAAGUGCCUCCAAAGUUGGGAGUGUGCGGCGUAGCCUGGGGCCUUCUUCCAAGCUGGUGCGGACCCUGAAUGCCUCUGAAAAUGAGAGCAUGCGCAAGGUGGUUCCCAUCUCCAAAUCCAGUAGGGGUUCAGGAAGCUGGAAACGGCCUGAGGUACCAGCCCGGGUGACUCCUCGGGAGGCCGCCGGCAGCACAGAUGCUCGAAUAUCCCGCCGAAGCUCCAUCAGGGGCACUGCAGACACGUCCCCCCGAAGGCCUUCUGGUGUGGCGGUAGCAGCAGCUGUAGCAGCAGAAGAGCAGCGGCUGCAGAGAGGAAGUGUUACCUCCAGCAGCAUCCGUUUGGGGAAGGACUGUCCCUUGCAGCGCAAGACCUCCCUCAAGAAACCCAGCGCCAAACCGAUCAGGAAUGUCCCCAAAUCAAAGGCAGAUGAAGCGAAGAUCUGCCGUACAAACCCUCAGGAAUCUGAGGAUGCUGAGGAAGUGGCCGAGCCCCCCCCGCCCAUCAGCAUCCCUCGGCCCCCGCCCCCCAUUCCAAGCUUUGCCCGGAACACGGUUGCCUCCUCUUCCAGGCGUUUGAAGACUGAUUCGUCUCCUAUUUCUAAGGUACCUGGUAUUACCCGGGCAGCCUCUCAGAGGCAGCUGAGGAUAAAGACAGCAUCUGAAGACACCCAAACCAAGAAUGGUGGUAUCUUGAGGCGAACCAGCAGUGCAAGAACUGCCUCAAAGUGCCCAGAAUCUGGCGAGAGCACCAGCGGUAAAGAGGAAACCUCUUUGAAAGGGAGAGGCACAGUGGAGAAAUCUUCUCUAAAACGAAAGGAUUCGAGUAGGACCACACUGGGAAAAAUUCUGAAUCCGUUAUGGAAAUGAGGAAGGUCUGUUCUCUUGAGACCACCACUCUGGGUUUGGGGGGAUGUAUGAACAGAUUUUGGCAGUGGGCUGUCAACAUCGGAUGUCUUCAUUCCGCAUGACCCAGUACACGGGUUGACUUCAAAGUCUGUUCACUUUAAAGUCACUAAAGAUAUAACCUCCUCCAAGGACCAAGCACCCUGUCAGUACUCUGCUCUCCGUCCCGUGGUAAGAGAACAAUAUGAAUGUAUAGAUUUAAUGCUGCUGUGAUGGAGCCGAGGGCCUGGUCCCCAACUGAGCUUUUGGUGCGGGUGCGUGGGAGCAAAUGCUCCACCUCUCCAAAAAAAAAGAGAGAGAGAGGACUUUGACAUAUGAGAUGAUCUUCUUACAUACCAAGUUAAAAAACUUUUGGCCAGUUUUUGUAUGACAAAGACUUAUUUUAUAAGAUGACAUAAGUUAAAUAUUACCAAUUUCCUUUUCUGAGUGAAAUGCCUCCCAAGGAACAGUACAGGGGAAAAAAAAUGACUUUAAUAUGAACAUCUUUCUGUCUUCCUUUAAUUUCGUAUCUCUCUCAGGGUCCUUUUGCUGGCAAUAGGACCUUUUGGCCUGCAAACCCCAAAGUUGACGUUUCAUGGUUGGCUUCAUCUCAACAAAUUCACAGCAUGGUUAUAGCUCCAUGUGCAUGAGUCCAGGUGUGUGUGUGUGUGUGUGUGUGUGUGUAUGUGUGAGAGAGAGAGAGAGAGAGAGAGAAGGAACAUGUGGGUAGGGAAGAGGGAGAGAAAUCUCUGCUGGACAGAAAGCCACUUCUCCCUGCGGGCUACAUACAGUAUAUUAUAUUUAAAAAAUGAGGUUGGUGGAAACAGACACUGACCUUUGGGCUGGCCUGGCCUCUUUGGGGUAAAGUCCAAUGGCUUGUGUUCUGAUGAAUGGCAGCCACAUAUACAACUGCCACCUGGUUUUCUGGACUUCAGAAAGUACCCCGUGUUUAAAAUGUUCUUAGAUCCAAACCCAGCAGGGGUUAAUAACGCAGUGCUAAGGAUUAAUUUGUUACUCUUCUACUCUCCCGCCCCCUUCCCCCAUUUGUUCAUUUGCUGUAAAAUGAUGUGAAUGCUGCUACAGUUUGUGUAAACUCUGGUUAGAGAGACAGGGGAAAGUCUUUUGUUGUCCAGUGUUUCUUUUUCUGUGAUUGCAUGGAGAGAUAUUGUCUGUGACGUGGUGCUUUGCGAGUUAAGCAUCUUCCUUUUGGUAUGGUUUUUGAAUCUUGAAAGAGGCCAAAUCCAGAUUUUAAAGAAAAAUAAAAGCCAACUUUUUGAUAGGCGAACAUUGCUUCCAAAAGAAUUUUUAUCGGCAGGGACAAAAAGGGAGGGGGAUAAAAAUCAGGCUCCAUAUAUAAUGAAAGGUUUGGGCCUUAACCAGCUUUACCAAAUGCCCUUUUCCUACUUCCCUUUGAGAGUAAUUUAUGUCACUAGGGACCUAAAGGUAAUUCUCAUUUUUUAUUUUAUUUUUUUAAAGUUGUCUUUUUAUUUACUUACUAGUGAAAUCUUAUUUUCUAUCCAACAGUGGCAAGUGUAUUUCAGCCAAGUGCUGAUCAGUUAUUGACUUCACAUGUUAUUCUUUCCCUCCUUCAAUGGAAUGUGUUGUCAGCCAAAAUGAAUUUUAUUACCUUUAUACUUCCAUAAACCAGCCAAGUGGGACAAGAUGAACUUUGUGACUUAAGUAAGGUGACUGACCACCAGAAAAAAAAGGAAAACAAAAAGACAGUCCCACUGAAAUCUCUCUCUUCCCUGGGGCCUGCUUUUAGGAACCAGCCCAGAGCAUCUGAAAAUGUGGGCCUUAAUGAAAAACUAGAUGGAAAGAAUCCACUUCUAAAGGGAGAUUUUGCUUGAAAAUCUUAUAAGCUGUCUGGGACUUCCUAUGCAUGGACUUCCUAUGAAAUGGGGUCUUAUUCAGUCUUAUCUGUCUUCUGUGUGUUCAUCUGCACGAGCAGGUGGUUGAUUUUUAUUACCUUUUAUUGGUAGUGAGCUUGGAAAAAAAAAUAAUUUAAGUCAAUUCCAGAAAAUGUAAAUAAGUUUCUAUAUAAAUUUGUGUAAGAUGAACUGAAUGUAUUUAAUGGACCAUUUAUACGUUCUUCAGCAUCAUGUAGUUUAAUAAAGUUCCUGUUUAUGGGAGUUGUAUCUCA